AUGCCUAAGAUCAAGUCUGUCGAGUACUUCCGUGUGAAGCCAAGAUGGCUUAUGGUCAAGAUCACGGAUGAGAAUGGCCAGUUCGGUUGGGGUGAGGGUACUCUAGAGGGGCAUGAUUUAGCUGUUGAGGGCACCCUGGAAGAAAUGAUUCCCAGACUUAUUGGGCGAGAAGCAAAUGAAAUUGAGAACAUCUGGCAAACGUUCUGGAGACACGGCUUCUACCGUGGUGGUCCUGUCUUCAUGUCAGCGCUGUCAGGUGUUGACAUUGCGUUGUGGGAUCUGAAAGGCAAGAAUCUUAAGGUACCGAUUUACGAGCUCCUGGGUGGAAAGGUGCGCAAUGAGGUUCAAGUAUAUUGCUGGAUUGGUGGAGACCGUCCGGCGGACGUCGAGGUUGCUGCAAAGGCUCGUCUCGCACAGGGCCUCAAAUGUGUCAAGAUGAAUGCAACUGAGGAUCUAAAUUGGGUCGAUUCUCCCUCUGCCCUAGAUGCUACCGUCGAGCGUCUCAAGGCUGUGAAAGCUGUCGGUCUUGAUGCCGGUCUCGAUUUCCACGGUCGUCUACACAAGGCCAUGGCAAAGCAACUAGUCGCGGCUCUCGAGCCGCAUCGGCCUCUUUUCAUUGAGGAGCCACUUCUCAAUGAGCACCCUGAAGCCAUUAAGCAGCUAGCAGACCAGACCCGCAUUCCCAUUGCCUUCGGCGAGCGGCUAUAUACGCGGUGGGACGUUAAGCGUUUCCUUGAGGAUGCCAGCGUCGAUAUUCUGCAACCCGAUAUUGCACACGCUGGUGGCAUCAGCGAAACAAAGCGAAUCGCUACGAUGGCCGAGGCUUACGAUGUCGCCAUCGCCCCUCAUUGUCCUCUUGGACCCGUGGCUUUUGCCGCCAGUGUUCACGUUGCGCUGUCUUCACCAAACUUUGCCAUUCUUGAGAUGAGCCUGGGCAUGCAUUACAACACCGAGGCCGGCGACGAUAUUGAUCUGCUGACCUACAUGAAGGACCCGAGCACCUUCGACAUCAGCAAGGGUGGAUAUGUGAAGGCGCCGACUGGCUAUGGCCUUGGUAUCGAGAUAAAUGAGGAAUUGGUGAGACAGAUCUCUAAAGACACGAAGCCGUGGCAAUGUAAGGUGUUCCACGGACCUGAUGGUAGUAUUCGCGAGUGGUAA